AAAAAAACUUUAAUCCUCGAUUUGGAUGAAACUCUUAUCCACUCUCUAUCAAAAUCAAGCCGUUUAUCUAUCACCUCUUCUGCUCAUAUGGUAGAAGUCAAGCUAAACAAUAAUAAUAUUCCAACCCUAUACUACGUCUACAAGAGACCCUAUUGUGACGAAUUCCUAAACAUAGUAAGCCAAUGGUUCAAUCUAAUCAUCUUUACUGCUUCAGUCAAGGAAUACGCAGACCCCAUUAUAAAUCUACUAGAAAAGGAUAAAUUCUACUUCCAAAAAAGACUCUACAGAGACAACUGCACCUUAAACAAAGGCAUUAAUGGUAUUGGCUACAUCAAAGACUUGAAAAUUUUAAACACACAUUUAUCCAAAGUCAUCAUGAUCGAUAACUCUCCCAUAAGUUACUCCAAAAACCUAGAAAACGCUAUAAGAAUCGAGGGUUGGAUUAAUGAUCCAACUGACGUGGAACUAUUGGAGCUAAUCCCACUACUAAAGGCCUUGAGAUACACGAACGAUGUCAGAACCAUCCUAGGUCUCAAAAAUGGCGAGCAGUUCUUCCAGCCCAAGAGGCAACCCAUUUAA